CGGGAUGCGAGCGCCGCUGCUGCAACAACCUCACUCGCGUGAUUCCACAAACGGGCGUCACGCACAUUAUCCGGUUAAUUUACAUACAAAACACCGCCCAGGGGGACGAACAUGAUAAUCAACCAUCGACUGAAAGCUAACCGUGCGGAGGGGAGGAAAAAACAGCUGAAACAAAGUUUGGACGGGAGAGGACUGCAUUAAACCAAGCCAAGUGCUUCGACACAAACGAACAGGCACUUGUCGGGCUUGUCGGGCUCUUUGCCCCACUUUUGGAUUACGAUAUGGACGCUUUGAAAUCCGCUGGAAGGGCAAUUAUACGGAGCCCCAGUAUCGCCAAACAGUCGUGGGCUGCGAGCAGACAUAAAAAGCUUCCGGAGAACUGGACCGACACGAGGGAGACCCUUCUGGAGGGCAUGGUGUUCCAGCUCAAGUACCUGGGGGUCACAAUGGUUGAGCAGCCCAAAGGAGAGGAGCUGUCUGCGGCUGCUGUCAAGAGGAUAGUGGCCACGGCCAAAGCCAGUGGAAAAAAACUCCAGAAAGUCACAUUAACGGUCUCGCCACGAGGAAUCAUCCUUUACGACAGUGCCUCCAACCAGCUGAUAGAAAACAUCUCCAUAUACAGAAUAUCAUAUUGCACGGCAGACAAGAUGCAUGACAAAGUGUUUGCCUACAUUGUCCAGAGCCAACACAAUGAGAGUCUGGAGUGUCAUGCCUUCCUCUGCACGAAGAGAAAAAUGGCCCAGGCGGUAACCCUAACAGUGGCUCAGGCUUUCAGAGUGGCGUUUGAAUUCUGGCAGGCUGCCAAGGAAGAGAAAGAAAAACGAGUGAAGUCGUGUUCAGACGGAGAAGGAGCCAGUAACUCCCAGUCGGACAGCUCGGCCAGUCUGGGCAGCCUGAAGGGAGGAGAGGUAGCCACAGCAAAGCUUCUGGAUUUGGCAGAGGGAGCAAACGUGGUGCUGGUCCACUCAGGAACAAAGAAGGCUGAAUCGGAUCCAUUUAUGGUGCAUAAUCACACAACAGAGAACAACAAUACUGUAUGGGAGUUGGAGGACGGUCUGGACGAGGCUUUCUCAAGCCGCAGUCUGGAUAGCUUUGAAUCCUACUCAGACUCGCUGAGUCUCGCACUAACCCCCAGGUCCUGGACAUUGGGGUAAACCCUCAGGAUUUCAACACUGAAGAGUGCCUGUCCCCAGGCAGAUGGGACCAAGAGGACACAGACUUCACCACGCAAAAAGACACUUUUUUAAAGUGAAGCCUCUGGGGAAACCUGAGGAGAAAUGGUGGUAAAACAUGGUUGGAAACUAAAGUGACAAAACAGACAUUUGUGACAUCAGCAUGGUUUCCCACCUUCUCCCUGCUGCCAAGUCCUCCCCGUGGUAAUGUCGAGUGGCUCUUCGAUGCUUCUGCACGACCAGAGAAGGACAACACGAGCAGGCUGCUCGCAGAACAGGCCAAAGCAAUACAAACCAAUUUAUCCCUUUUCUAUGAAAAACAUGCAGUCAUUUAAUGUUUGUUACAGUCAGUGUAUUACUUCCUUUUUUGUGUCUGUUUACCCAAACACUGUUAGUAAUGUCUUUGUGGUAUGUGCUCGUGUACAUUGCGUUUAAAGAAAGUAUGUGUAUGUGUGUGUGUGUGUGUGUGUAUGUACAGUAUAUAAGUGUACGAAGUGAGAUAUGAGAACUAUGAUGUGCUGAGUUUUGAACAGGUGAGGUAAAGGUCCAAAACGGUGCUGUCACAGAUUUUAUUUAAAGUGCUCAUAUUGUGCUUUUUGGCUUUUUCCCUUUCCUUUAUUGUGUUAUAUAUCUUUGUGUGCACGUUAUAGGUUUACAAAGUGAAAAAGCCCAAGGUCCACCCCAAAGGGACUUCCAGAGAAAACACUGUUCCCAAACUGCUCUAUUGUUGUCCGUGACGAAUGCUCGUCACUUUGUAACACUUUAAAAUGCUCGCCUGGCUGCUAGUAUGGCACGCCCUCAUACUGUGCAGCUGACUAGCUAGCAUUACCUAGCUACUGCGCAUGUGCGAUUCCCAACAAAGAUGGCACAGAAGUGAGAUGCCUCACUCUGUAGCUAAAACUGAGAGCUCAACACAGGGUGAAAAGAGGAGCUGCAGCAAUGUGCAGUACAACAAAAAUAUGGUGUUUUUUGAAAAUUAAACCACAUAAACCUAUUCUGAUAUAACCUCUAAAUACAAUUAUCAACCUGAAAAUGAGCAUAAUAUGAGCACUUUAACUAGAGAUGGAGAAAUGUAACUGGAUUAGAGGGGAAAGUAUUUGGUGAAGGCCACCAAUGCCUCGGUUUCAGUAUUGGGUAAAACAAAGUUACUACCUAUAUGUGCUUCAAGGAUUCAGCCUUUCGUUGGGCAACAAAAGCUUUAAA